AUGUUAGAAAAUAGCAACUAUACAAUUACUUCAUUAAAUACUGGUGCAUUUAAACGCACAAAACAACAUGAUGGUAUAACAAUAAAUCAUCCAUUUAUUCCACCGCCACCACCACCAACAGCAUCAUCUACAGCAACAUCUGUACCUCUUACACAUCAUCAACUUAUUCAAUCACAUGAACAACAUCAACAAGCCCAACAACGUAAUCAUACAUCAGCACGUCGUCGACAUCGAACUACAUUUACACAAGAACAACUUAUUGAACUUGAAUCAUCAUUUGCUAAAGGUCAUUAUCCUGAUAUUUAUUUACGUGAAGAAUUAGCACGAGCAACGAAAUUAAAUGAAGCCCGUAUACAGGUGUGGUUUCAAAAUCGACGAGCAAAAGCUCGUAAACAAUCACAUAAUUCAUCAUCAUCAGGUAGUACAUCUAUGUUAUCAUCUACUCGAUUAUCAUCAAAAGCAUUUUCAACAAAUCCAACAUCCUCAUCAUCAUUUCAUCAAAUGUUUAAUAGUCGAGGAAAUGCAUCAACUUCAUCUCCAACAAGUCUUAUGAUGGCAACUGAUCCAGCUACCAGUGCUGCUGCAGCGGCAGCUGUUUUCUAUUCACCAUUUCCACCACCACCACCAUCAUCAUGUGAUUUUAAUGUUCGUUCAACGAUGGAUAAUCCAAUGUCAUUUCAUGCUCAAUAUCAACAACAACAUCAACAUGCAGAAGAUGAAUAUACAAGAAAUAUGCGUAUGCAUAAUUUAUCAUCCAGUUUAAUUAAUCAUCAUCCGAAUGCAUAUCAUCAUGGAUAA